CCAAACUCACCCAUCAACCUCAAAAAGCGACGACAGAGAUCAGGAGGCUCACCAACCGGAUACUGCAGAAUAUAUCUUGUUUGCAUCCGACCACAACAGAUUGGAAGGCUUCUUCAGAACCUUUGUACGGUCACCUGACCGAAUCAGCUAGUUCAUAUCCUGCUUUGCCAUCUCACGAUCGUCUCACGAUGCCUAUCACAAUCCUCAGUCCUCAGCCUCCCACGCCUCGGAGGCCACAGGCUGUCGCGGCUACAAACUCCGACUCCGACUCCGACUCAGAAGGCGGUGCUGGUGUUGCGGCCGACGACAUUCUUACUCCAGGCGCUGAGAUAACCUCAAAUGCCCAAUGGAUGCGUGGACAUGGUACUUACGUACCGCCUGGAUCAUCAUCUAUCAAAUCUUCCCUUGCUGGUACACUCACAAAGACAAACAAGCUGCUCUCUGUGCGGCCUCUCCGAGCCCGUUACACUCCGGAGAUUGGUGACCUUGUUGUCGGUCGAAUUGUCGAAGUUCAGGCAAAGCGAUGGCGUGUCGAUUUAGCCGCGUCUCAACUUGCCAUUCUCCAGAUUUCAGCCAUCAACUUACCCGGUGGUAUUCUCCGCAAGCGUACCGAGACCGAUGAGCUUCAAAUCCGCAGUUUCUUCGCCGAGGGAGAUCUCGUUGUCGCAGAAGUCCAGCAGCUGCACCAAGACGGUGCCGCGAGUCUCCACACCCGCAGUUUGAAGUACGGUAAGCUUCGCAACGGUGUCUUCGUCGCUGUCACUGGCACCGGUGGUGGGGGCGGUGUCGUUCGAUCCAAGAGACAAGUCUGGACAAUGGAUGUAGCCAACGCUGGCGGCAAGGUCGAUGUACUUCUUGGUGUAAAUGGAUACAUCUGGAUCAGCAAGCACAUAGAAAGCGAUCCAGCCGCUGAGGCAGCGGGCAUCAAUCGCAUGGAGGAGAAUGUUAGCAGCAAGGUCUACUCGAGUCAGAAUGAUCCCAUGGAGGUGUCGACCAUGCGCGAGAUUGCGCGAAUCCGCAGCGUCAUUCUGGCCCUUGUUGAGAACGGGCUCAAGGUGGACGAAGAUACAGUGACCAGAGGAUACAGCGAGGCAGUAGAUAUGGUCCGUGAUUCGACCGAUGACGACCUGUACCUGGGAGGCAAGAAGGGACAGCACCUAGCAGCCGUUUUGACUGGCCGUUAAAAAUACUUGGAUGUUCAAAAACCUUCUAGACAAUUGUCAAUCUAAUAUAAGAUACCACAACCUCAAAUUUUAUCAGACAUGGAGUCAUAGUAUCUCAAAA